CAAUCACCAGCCUUCAGUCUUAUAAUUUUUCAAUUAUUCUUAUGAAGGUUGUCGCGACAUAUGGCAACUAGCCGUGCUCAAAAUCGUUAUCCAUAAAAUAAUGAGCCACGAUGCCAGCCCUGGUCAGGCGUCUUCUAAUCUGGGCGACGAUUGAUGGACUCGUGCUCCAGGCCCAUGGCUCUACAGAACACCACAAAACGAUCAAGAUAGACUACGGAAGACGCCAUGUAACAGAAGUCCAGACCAGCGAUGUAUCCAGCAAGAAGAAUGUUUGGCUAGAAGCUCAUGGUGUUAUAGGUAAGCUAAGACCGAUCAUUGUGUGCCAGACAACCACGCCUUACCAGAUGCAGGAAUUCUCUCAAUCGCUUCUACCUCUUUUCUCAUUGCCAUAACGCAGCGAGAACAGGUCGCUCAGAUCUUCGGCAAGCCGGUCUAUGUUAUCAGAGACGUGGCUUUUCUUCCGUUAACAUCACAAAAUGAAGCCGAGCGCGCCAUCACAUCGGUUCUCACGUCAAAAGGUUCUGCCACCAGCACCGAAGAUUCGGACUCGGAAUUCAGUGAACCAGGGGAAGAAGACGAAUUCUCGACCAGGGAGCUGGAGCCAGAGACACCGGUCGAGCAUCCACCGACCCAGCAGACUAACUCGAGCUCCACCAGCAUUGUGAGAGAUGUCAUCGCUAACCGAGGCCAAUAUGCACGAUUUGCUUCGCAAUGGUUUUCGAAGCAAGGAUGGAAAGGGCCGAGAAGUGUCACCACAAAUGCCUCAGCACCGCCUCAGCAGGUGCAGGAACCAGCGAGGACUUCUCCGACCGUUGCCGCAGCCACUGCCACAGAAGCAAACUCUUCAAAAACGCGGUGCGAGGAUGACAAGAAGACCCAAUCAGACGUCGAUGCCCAUGACAUACCCAGUACUUCGGUCCGGGAUGCGCUACCCAAGAUUGUCAAGACCACAAAGAUGAUCUUGACAUCAGGAAGCUACUUUUUCUCUUACGAAUCUGAUCUCACUCGGCGCUUGUCUCUGACAGGUGGCAGUCCAAAAGCUCCGACUAAGGAUACGCUGGACCCAUUGUAUUUCUGGAACCGACAUCUAGCAACCCCAUUUUUCACCGCAAGACAGGAUAGUUUCCUUACGCCGGUAUUGCAAGGUUUCGUAGGCCAGCGAGCUUUUGCGGUCAAACGUGCAGAACCUAACGAUCCUCAUUCAGCAUGUGUUAUCUCAGCCGAUCAUGACAAAGACUCGCCUGGGCUUGAACAUGCAAUGAACCACGCCAUACAAGGGCUCGCAAAUAUUGGAGGCGAGUCGCAAGAUUACUUGCUGACGCUUAUAUCCCGACGCUCAGUGAAGCGGUCGGGUUUACGUUACCUGAGGCGAGGCAUCGAUGAUGAAGGUAACUGUGCCAACGCUGUAGAGACUGAGCAGAUCUUGUCUUCGCCUGAUUGGUCGACAAAGAGACAGAUUCGGUCUUUUGUUCAGAUACGGUGUUCGAUCCCACUGUAUUUUUCCCAGUCGCCUUACUCAUUCAAACCGAUCCCUAUCAUUCACCAAUCGGCAGCUAAGAACAACAAUGCCAUGAGAAAGCAUUUCCAAGAUCUCAAAGAUCGCUAUGGCCGCGUUCAAAUUGCGGCACUGGUAGAUAAACAUGGCUCAGAAACCGUCAUCGGUCAGGCGUAUGAAGAAGCUGUACGGGCAUUGACAGAGUCGGGCGUGUUGAGAGAUGUCGAUUUCGAGUGGUUUGAUUUUCACGCAGAAUGUCGAGGGAUGAAAUUUGAAAAUGUGUCCAAACUCGUGGACAAGCUUCAACCGAAUAUCGAAGAUUUCAAUGAGACGACGAUUUCGGAGAGUGGAAUCGUGACAACUCAAAGAGGUGUCAUUCGAACAAACUGUAUGGACUGCCUGGAUCGGACGAAUGUGGCUCAAAGUGCAUUUGGCCAGUACAUGCUUCAAAGAGAUCUUACCAAGGAAGGAUUUGCCAUUGAUCUGUUGCAUGACGAAUCAACAACUUGGUUCAACACGCUAUGGGCUGACAACGGAGACGCCAUAUCUCGACAAUAUGCGUCGACAGCUGCGCUCAAAGGUGACUUUACCCGUACUCGACGCCGCAACUACCGUGGAGCACUCAACGACUUCAGCUUGACAUUGACCCGUUACUAUAACAAUAUGGUUAACGACUAUUUCUCACAAGCAGUCAUCGACGUAGUCCUAGGAAAUCUGUCCUGGAAAGUCUUUGAAGAUUUCGAAAGUAGCAUGAUGGGUGCGGAUCCAGGCAUUAACAUCGAGCAGAUUCGCGAGGCUGCGAUCGACAACUGCAGAAAACAAGUCAUUCAAGCAGAUGAUGAAGACCUUAUCCAAGGUUGGACGAUGUUGACUCCUGCCCACGAGAACACUUUAAGGACUAUUCCAUUCGAAGAAGCCGUCGUCCUAUUGACGGAUGUCGCACUCUAUUGCUGCAAAUUCGACUGGACAACAGAAAAACUGAGGUCAUUCGAGAAGGUUGACCUUAGAUCCAUAUCCAAAAUCAGAUAUGGAACGUAUAUUACAUCCACAUUCAGCGAGCGACAGAUGCAAGAGCGAUUCAAUGCUGGGCUCGUCGUGGUAUACCAGCCAGGUAAAGAGAGCAUGAUUCGGACAAACACCCGAUCCCUGCAGAAUUAUGUGGAACCCCAAACGGACGACUCUGAAAAUCGGAUCGAUGGCGGCACCGGUAUCCUAUCGUGGCUAAGUCCGUCGUCACCACCCUCUUCACGGACGUUGGCUCUCAAAGUCAUCGACGCAACCACGAGACAUUUCGACAUGCCUAAUGGAAAGCAGACCGAGCUUCCUCUGGCCAUGGCGGGCAGAAUCGCUGAGGAAAUAAGAAGAGCCAUCGAGGGCCCAGCCGUCACGAGUGAGCAACAGGAUCACAACAAUAACAAUCAGUUGGUGCAACAGGACGACAUUAUCUCUCUGGCGGAGGCCAAAAAGAGAACUGGAUACUUUGAGCAGUUGGGCUACUCUAUCAAGAAGCUUGUUUGGUCGUGAGGAGGAGUCCAUGGUGUUGUUGGGAUACAGUGUGUAGUAUUGAUGGGGAGGAGUGACAUUCUGUCCUACAUCAAACCACCUUUCUCAAAGGCGCAGCUUCAUUCGCUUCGCAAAGCAAAGACGUAGUAAAUGGAUAUUACUCCUUCCAUCUUCACCUGGCACCAGAAGCUGAGGAAUAUUGUUAACGACUGACAUGAGUAGAUAGACGUUAAGGGGCGAUUUUGACACCGCUGUUACUCCUUCCUAUUGACAGGAACGUAAUUGCCGCGAAGAGAUGUCAGUGUCUGGUUAUAGUGACAACAUUGGUGUCCAACACCAGCCUUUUGGUUCAACA